AUGAAGUUCUUUCCAACAUUUGUCCUUUUGGCCUUGGCAUCAUCGUGUGCCUUUGCCUCUGACCCGAGUCCUCUUCAGGACUUCUGUGUCGCGGUCAACGACCCCAACUCUGCGGUGUUUGUGAAUGGGAAGUUCUGCAAGGACCCGAAGCUCGCCAUGGCAGAUGAUUUCUUCUUCACAAAGUUCAGAUAUCCAGGGAACACAUCGAAUCAGCUCGGAUCCAAAGUCACGACUGCUUUCGUCGACCAAUUCCCAGGACUCAACACACUAGGCAUCGCCAUGGCCCGCCUUGACUUUGCUCCAUACGGUCUGAACCCUCCCCACAUUCAUCCUCGUGGCACGGAGAUGCUAGCGGUCAUGGAGGGCACGCUCCACGUCGGUUUCGUGACAUCCAACCAAUUAAACAACACUCUCUUUACCAAAGUCCUAACCAAAGGAGACGUUUUCGUGUUUCCACAAGGCCUCAUUCACUUCCAGCUGAACAUUGGACAAACGAAUGCACUGGCCUUUGCUUUCUUGAGCAGCCAGAACCCGGGACUCAUAACAAUCGCGAAUUCAGUCUUUGCGUCAAAGCCGCCGAUCAAUGUCGAUGUCCUCGCAAAGGCUUUCCAAGUGGACAACAAACUGAUCAACUAUCUCCAAGAGCAGAACUGGUUUGACAACCAUUAGUCAGUUGUUCACAAGAACGAUUGUGUUUGUUCAUUAACCUGUACAAUUGGAUACUUGUCCAAUUGCUUGUCAU